CCAGAAUACCCCACCCGCCGUCAUUGCCCACCACCAUCCAAACGCUCUGAAACCUGGUGCAUGUAUCUUGCAAGUCGUUUUCAAGGAAGCCAACAAAAGCCCGCCCUCUUCAAACCAUAAACCCUAACCACAAAGAGAGCUCAAUCAACUGAAAAAUGGCGGUUCAGAGUCCAACUUCAAAUGGAAUUCAGCCUUCCACAUCGCAUUCAAUCCCUUCUGCAACUGACCAUCAGUUCUUUGUGUGGAGAGAGUUCGUAUGGGGAGCUAUUGCUGGAGCUUUUGGGGAAGGAAUGAUGCAUCCCGUUGAUACCAUCAAGACACGAAUUCAGAGUCAAGCAAUUCUUAGCGGAAGCCAGAGCCAAAAGAGCAUACUGCAGAUGGUCCGGACAGUCUGGGCUGCUGAUAGAGUAAGAGGCUUUUAUAGAGGUAUAACUCCUGGAGUUACUGGGUCUCUGGCAACUGGAGCAACAUAUUUUGGUUUUAUAGAGUCUAGCAAAAAGUGGAUCGAAGAAUCACAUCCUAGCCUUGGAGGCCACUGGGCACAUUUCAUUGCUGGAGCUGUUGGAGAUACGCUUGGUUCUUUUGUAUAUGUUCCAUGUGAAGUAAUGAAGCAACGAAUGCAGGUGCAAGGCACAAGAACAUCUUGGACUAAUGCCGUUGUGAAAGACAAUAUCUGUGUGAAAUCUGGUGAGCAGAUGUAUGGCUAUUACACUGGAAUGUUUCAGGCUGGCAGUUCAAUAUUGAAGGAGCAGGGGCCAAGAGGAUUGUAUGCUGGAUACUGGUCUACACUUGCAAGGGAUGUUCCAUUCGCUGGCCUAAUGGUUAUGUUUUAUGAAGCCCUGAAAGAUCUGACAGAGUAUGGGAAGCAAAAAUGGAUGCCCAGUUUAGAUGACUUCAUUAAUAGUUCUAUGGAGGGACUGGUCCUGGGAGGAUUGGCUGGUGGUUUCAGCGCAUAUCUGACCACUCCCUUGGAUGUCAUCAAAACAAGAUUGCAAGUUCAGGGAUCAACUGUAAGGUACAAAGGCUGGUUGGACGCAAUGCAAAGAAUAUGGAUGGUUGAAGGUGUCAAAGGAAUGUUCAGAGGAAGCAUCCCCAGGAUAACAUGGUAUAUCCCAGCCUCUGCACUUACUUUCAUGGCUGUGGAAUUUCUCAGGGACCAAUUCAAUGAAAGAAUGGAUGGCGACAAGAAGCAUGAAGUUGCCAACUUGUCAAUAGAGAGAAAGGGACCAUCUCUGCGAGAGGUAGCGUAGAUUGGAGAUAGACCACCAUACCAUAUCAAAGAUUUACAGAUUCUGUGAAGCAACAAUUGUAACAAGAUGAAGCUACAUUUUUAAAAUUUUGAUUGGUUUAUAUUUGAGAUAUUAGUCUUCCAAUUCCUAUAAUUCUGUUUCUAUGAAUUGCUAUCCAUAAGAGUGUUAUGCCCUGCAUUCAGGGAUUUUUCCUAGGGAUUUUUCCUAUUGAAGAAUUAAGACUUCAUUUUUCAA